AAAAUAUAUGCCACAGCUGUACAUUGAGUUCAGCUAUAAUACAUUUUUUUUUAUAUUUAGUGUUGUUUUGUUCCUUAUUUACAGUUAACUGCAUGUCUGUUCAUGAACUCUUACGGGUAGUUGAUGAUCAAAAUUACUCAGAAUGCACUAGUUUUUACCUUGGGACAAACAUUUACCUGCACAGUACUUUCUGACUGCGUAGACAACUUGUUUAAACAGACUAUAAGCAGAAAAAUGAGAAUGGAAAAUCUGGUAGGUGCAAAAACAGUAAAAGAGCAAGCACAGUUUUCUAUCUAACUCAUACAUGCACAGAUGUAUUGAGUGCUAACACUUGAAUGUAUUUUCCACAGGAUGCUCUACAGGAAAGAUUGAAACCUGGCUCCAAGGCUGUGGGUAAGUGUGUGUGCAUGAGCUUGUAGGGGAGAGCAGACAGUCGUCUACGUCAGCAGCAAAGCAAGUACCACACUGUGGUUGAACAUAGUGUUUGUCAGUUGCAAGGCAAUAAAAAACAAAGGAAUGGAAACUGCUAAGAGAAGAUCCGGAUAAAGGUUAUGAUAAAAAUAAUAAUAAAUGCAUGCACCUUUGGAGAGGAUCAAGAACAAAUUCACUGAUGGUAUCACAAGGCUUACAGUAUAAAACUUCAUAUUAAAGAGAAUAGUUUUGCUCUAUUUUUAGAAACGUUCUAUUCCCAAACUUCCUUUUGUUUGUGCUGUACAGGCAUAGGAGGAAGCAGAAAAAGUGCAGUAGUGGUGCUGUUUGAUCUGCCUGUUUUGUCUUGACCGGUUCCUGUAGGUGUUGUGACUCGUUGGCGUAGUGGCAGUUCUCAGCUGCUCUUCACACCGUUGUGGGGAAGCCUGUUUCUAAAUGAAACCAACCAAGAGAACCCUAGUCACCUCACUGUGGAAUCUUUGCUGAAGGCUGCUAAUAGUUUUGAGGAUGACCUGAGCCUUGGGGCUGAAGCUACAGCACUAGAUGUUGGAUCACAUCAAGAAGAGUUUGGGCACUGCCCAAUGCUCCUGCCUCCUCCUAAAUCACGUAAAGACUUCCACACAAGCACUCCUCAGCAAAGGCUCAGCUUACCAAUGUGUAACAUGGGUCACAGCAUGGCGUCCAGUGCCUUCUCGUCCACCACCAGUAAAACUGCUUCCAGUGUGUCUGAGGUGCUGCAGAUGUGUGCGGAGGAUGCAGAAGAGACUCUGUAUCAGUUGGGGUUUGGUUGUGAGGAGCCGCAGGUCACCGCUCGCAUCCCGGCCCGUUUCUUUACUUUUCCCUCGAAGCUCAGAGGUAUCAACUUCCGCCUGUUCCUCGAGUCCCAGCUCCGCCGCAUACGCGAGGAGGACCCCAGCCUUUCACUCGCAAGUCGUUUCCGUCAGGUGGAGGUGUUGACAGCCAUGGCCAAUGCGUUCUACUCCCUCUAUUCCCACGUGUCACGGACGCCGCUUCAGAAGCUGGCCCCGCCCGAAUUCAGUUUCUCCUCACCCACUGUAGAGAGGAGCAUUGGACAGCGCUUCUUCGGCAACAUUCGCAGCGAGCCGCGCUCUCCUGUGGAGCGCCUUAAAGAUACAGUCUCCAAGAUGUGUUUAUACACAGGCUCUCGUGGUUCAGACUCUGCCUCUCCAAAUAGUUCCCCUCGCAAGAGGAACAGCCUGCCAGACGUGGUUGGAAUGGUACUGGGGACUGCAAAGAAUGAAGGCGGCAGUGACCACCCUAGACGAGCAUGGCUCCAGGAUAUGGCAGAUAACGUGGCCCAGAGAGCAGGAGAUAAAAAUACGAUACAGAUUGCAGAAGUGAAGACUGCUGAGAAAGUGACCAAUCCACACAAGGAGAGAAUACAACGUUGGUCACAGUCAGGGCAGAGAGAUGGUCCUAGGGCAAAGGGCUGCUUGUUUAAGCCUAUGCGUGUAUCUACGUCUCUGGAAUCUACGCAAACUGAAGACUCGAGUAGUGGUACAGUCGUAGGUGAAGGUUCCACCUGUUCCACUUUGCUUUCUGCCACCUUGAACAAACCUGUUGAUAACAAGCCAACAGUUGCCAUUAUUACCUAUGAUGUCAUUAGCCCUCAAGUAGUGGAGUACGUGCAUCAGGCACCAUAUCGUUGUCCACAAAUGGACAAUGGGGCAGCAGUAGGCUCACCUCCUGAUGUUCGGAUUCACAGUGAAUCCUCACGUCCUGGAACACUUGAACCCAAAGACAAGCCAGCUGUCACAGAUACACGACCGCAGGUUUGCUUCUCAACUGAGGAUGACAAUCUGGUGCAGAGAUCUUCAGAGGUCCCACAAGAUGACCCUGUGUCCCUCUGCCCCAGAAUUUCACAAAGGUCACCGUGCAGGAUCAUGGUCACCGGAUGGGAAGGUAACACCACCGUCCUCAAAAGAGAACCAUCUGAAGACUUUGUAUCUCCCCUGUGCUCUGGUAGCACCCCUCAUCUGACUUCAUUAGGCAACCAGAGGUACCUGAGCCCCAUCAAACCCCUAACCAGCCAGAUCAAGCAGGCCAACUCCUUUGAGCUGGAGGAGGUGCAGAGUGCGGGGGAGGAAGAGAACAUAUCAGCAGAGCACUGCAGUGCACACACACUAUCUGUUACAGCAGCAACUGAACAGAAAUGUUCGCCCUUGCGAGGGGACAGUUUCCAGUCAGACAGCAGUGGCUAUGCUGAAGAGGACAUGCAGCAUUCUCUCUCUAUCCACAACAGAGAGAUCAGCUGAGGACAGAACUCUGCUGUCACCCUUCCGUGUGUGCACCCCUGCCUAUCUGCUCAUCUGGGGUUUAGCUUGUCUACAGAGAGUAAACUUUCUCAUAUGUGACAGAACAAAAGGCCACCACAACUGCUGCGUCAUUUAAAGUUACUUCGUCUGUGGGCCUUUGAUUUUUCUUUGUGGCAAAAAGCCGUGACAUAUAUAACAAUGGGGCCAAAAGUUGACCAAGGAAAUUUGCGUAAUCAAAUUCCUUUCCCUUUUCUCGAGUGAACGAUAUUAGCUCCUGGUUCUGAGCUACCUGAAUGUAUUCCAGUAACUCCGCACUGUAUGUUGACAUGACUUUGCCUGCCUUUGAUCUUGCGCUACAUGCUUUGCACCUUGUGGGUCUGCGCUACUGCAGAUGUUUUACAUAUUUAUUUGUGGUUUAAUAAAUUAUUUAUUUGCAAAUCAUUGCUAAUAUCAAUUGCCGAAUAACAAGUAGCACAUCAACGCUUUUGUUUUGGAUGCCACCACAAAAACACAAAUUUCUUUUUGUAAAUUUCAAUAUUUAACAGCAUUAUUGUUGUUGGGACUGUAUAUUACAAACAUGAGCAUGAAAACAGUUUCUUCUUAUCGAAUUAAAACACUUUUAUUCU